AUGCCUCGCGCCGUUGAGCAAACCUCCAAGAUGUUCUACAAGGGUUCAUCUGAUGACUUCGUCAUCUUCGUCGACGACAACGACAUCGUGAACAAGUGGCGCAACGACCGCUCCAUUCCCUUGGCCGACGUGGUCAACGGCUUCAAGAUCUUCGUCACCCACAAGCACGGAGCCCAGGGUAUCCUGGACAACGCCAGCAAGUCGAGCCUCCAGAACGAGUUCGGCACCGACAACGAGGACGAUUGCUUGAUCAAGAUCUUGGAGAACGGUGAAUUCCAGAGCUCUCAGUCCCGUGAGCGUCAGGAUGACACCAACUUCGCCAACGGCCCUGCUCUUCGAUAG